AUGAAUCCCAAGAAGAAGGUGGACCUGAAACUUAUCAUCAUCGGAGCUUUGGGUGUGGGAAAGACCUCCCUCCUUCACCAGUAUGUGCAUAAGACGUUCUACGAGGACUACCAGACCACACUGGGGGCCAGCAUCCUCUCCAAGAUGAUCAGACUAGAUGACACAACUUUGAAACUACAGAUCUGGGACACAGGCGGUCAGGAACGGUUCCGCUCCAUGGUGUCCACAUUCUACAAAGGCUCUGAUGGGUGCCUCCUCACCUUCGAUGUCACUGACUCGGAUUCCUUUGAAGCCUUGGAUACAUGGCGGGGUGACGUUCUGGCCAAGAUCAUGCCGAUGGAAGAGUCUUACCCCAUGGUGGUGCUGGGGAACAAGAUCGACCUGAAAGACCGACAGGUGUCCCAGGAGGUAGCCCAGCACUGGUGCAAAGAAAAAGGCAUCACCUACUUUGAAGUCAGUGCCAAGAAUGACAUCAACGUGGUGCAGGCCUUUGAGAUGCUAGCCAGCCAGGCACUGUCCAGGUAUCAAAGCAACUUAGAGAAUUACCUCACAGGCUCCAUCAAGCUCAUGCCAGAAGACAAGCCCAACAGAGCAUGCUGCUGA